GCUGAACAAAACCUCCAAAAUCGGUCACACCAACCCUUGCGCCUUCUCCCUAACCUCGACCUCACCCUUCACAAUUCUAUCGCAACAGCAACAUCAAUGGCUACUACCACCGCCAACAAAGACGAAAUCAUUAGCACCAUUGCAUCUUCUUCUUCUCCAGUCUUCAUAUCCACAGAGACCUUAUGCACCAUCCUCACCCAUCACACUCUGAUGAACCACUUCCAAUCUACUCUCCCCAAAGCCUCAACCAUUCUCCAAACCCCAAUUCGCCAACACCACUCUCUCUCUCCUUCCUCCUCCCUCCUCCUCAUGCCCUCUUGGUCCUCUUCCUCUUCUCUCCCUUACAUCGGCGUCAAACUCGUCACCCAUUUCCCUCAAAACUCUUCUCUCAACUUACCCGGCGUGCAGGGAAGCUAUGUCCUCUUCAGUUCCACCACCGGUCAAACCCUAGCUUCCAUGGACUCCACCGAACUCACCCUUUACAGAACCUCGUGUGUCUCAGGCUUGGCUUCUAAAUACUUAGCGAGACAUGACAGCGAGAUUCUUGUUAUGGUUGGUGCUGGUUCCUUGGCACCGCACCUGAUCAAAGCCCAUCUUUCAGCCAUACCCAGUUUGAGAAAGGUCAUCAUCUGGAACAGAACAGUGGAAAAGGCGACAACUUUGGCCAACAAACUUAGCCAAAGUGGGGAGUUUGGUGGAGUGAGGUUUGAGGGUUGUGGGUGUUUGGACGAGGUUGUCGGAUUUGGGGACAUUGUGAGUUGCGCCACGAAUUCCGAGACACCCCUUGUGAAGGGGGAGAGGUUGAAGGGUGGGGCUCAUUUGGAUUUGGUGGGUUCCUUCAAGAAUUCAAUGAUGGAGUGUGAUGAUGAGGCCAUAAGGAGGGGAAAGGUUUUUGUGGACAAUGAGACUGCGCUUGUUGAAGCAGGGGAGCUGGUGGGGGCUUUUGAGAGAGGGGUCAUCAAGAAAGAUGAGAUUGGAGGGAGUUUGGUGGAGCUUGUGAGAGGUGAAAAAGUUGGGAGAAUCAGUUCUGAGCAGAUAACUGUGUUCAAGUCUGUUGGUUCUGCUGUUGUAGAUAUGCUUGCAGCACAAUUGGUUUAUGAAACUUACACAAGGAGCUAGGUACACUGUAUUGAGUUUAGUUUAUGCUAUAUAGUUCAAUAAGAUUUAUGAAGUUCGUAAAUCUCAUCUUGCAGUGGUUCUAAGUAGUUUAUGUAACUAGAUAAUACUGUUUCUAGAUGCUUCUAUGCAAUAGUAUAAUUCUAAGAUGAAUAUACUUAAAACAUGGAAGUUGUAUUUUUAUCAAGGGAGAAAUUGGGCACAUGUUCAUGAAUCGUGUCAACUAUGGCACUGCAGCUCUUUUCUGAUUUCCGAGUGCCUAGAGACUUACUUUGGGAGUUAUAAGCCAUCUUGUUGGCAGUAUCAAAUAUAUAGUAUGAUUCAAUUAGAAGUAUCACUUUAUGCCGUAUA